AUAUUUAUUGUGCGUUUCCCGACUCCUCUGUUUAUUAAUGUAGAGGAAAUAUUACGUAGGCAUUCGUAGCAACCACCUCUAUAUAAAUUUUGAUAUGAAUAGAGAGGGUGGUGUAUUAUUUGUUGAGCUUAGAGUUUCACUGGUAUAGCAUAAAAUACACCGCUGAAGAGAUAUUUCAAACUGUCUAGACUAUUCAUUACUUGAAGGGAUGAACAUGGAAAUCAUCUGUAUUAUUUUGCUGAUGAUAACUUCGUAUGUUAGUGCGGAAGUGACAUGCACCAAUGACGCAAACUGUUUGUAUUCCUACGCCACAACACUGUCCGUGGAUUGUUCAUCACGUGAUCUGAAAAUUCCUCCUUGUUUCAACAAAACUUCCGACAUAGUGGCCAUUAACCUGCGAAACAACAAAUUAAAUCAUGUUCCAGACAAUAUGCCAAGGAAUAUAGAAUUUCUUGAUUUAUCCCAUAAUGAAAUCUCAGAUAAUACAAGUCUGCAAAAAUACAAACGAUUGCGACAUCUUAAUCUGGACAGUAACAGCAUUAAAGCCGAUUCUUUUCAAAACGUGACUAGAAUGUCAAAUUUACAGUUUUUAUCCCUAAAAGGUAAUUUCGAAGAUUUUGAUGGUUAUCCGAACAACUUACUUGCAGGAUUUGUUUCAUUAUAUCAUCUGCGUAUUAAUGGGCUUCCUAGAGGAAAUUUCGCGGACAUGUUUCAAAACAAAGCUUACAACUUAAAAAUCCUUGAUGUCUCCGGAUUUGACGGGUCUUGCAGUAUAUCUCGAUUAAAUGGGUCAAUGUUUGAUAAGUUCAAUUUGACACACUUAAAUUUAUCUCAUUGUAAUUUGAUGUAUAUUGAGAAAGGUUCCUUGGCUUCUCAGAGACAUUUGCAAUUCUUAGAUGUUUCAUAUAACGAACGACUUGGAUUCAGAGGUUUCCAAAGCAUAGCACAUGACCUUCAGAACAGUACAAUCAAAGUACUGAAACUUAACAAGGUCCACUGUACGUUCGGACUAGGCACCAUCUUACUUCUGAACCACACGGCUUACUUGAACAAAACCCUACUCGAAGAGUUGUAUUUAGACAGUAACAGACUCGAGAUCAUAGAAACGGGAGUUAUUACGUAUCAUCUGCCUAAGUCUUUAAGAUUCUUGUCUUUGGGAGAUAAUAAGCUGGACAACGGUAUUUACGUCCUAGAGGUUUCUGCCUUGCAAAACCUCCAGACUCUUAAUGUUAGUUUUCAAAUAUUUUCGCAUAAUAACUACUUCGAAGGUUGCCAUGAUUACCACCAAUCGUGUCACAUCUCACCAGAAUCGAAAAUGAACAUGAAUGAGGGUAAAAGAGGCGAAUAUCCUCGGUACUUUAACAGCGUUUCAUCAGGAUUCUCUUUAAAGCCUCCCAAAUUUAUCUUUUACUUUCCCAAAAAUUUGACAACAAUAUUAGCAAAUAACAUGAAGUUACAAUUUUCCGUGGGUGAACUGUUUUUUGGACAGUGCAAUAUUACACAUAUUCACUUUCAGAACAAUUUUAUAUAUGAAAUGAACGGUCCAACGUCAGGGUGUAAUAAACUUAUGUAUAUAGAUUUAUCCAACAAUUAUUGUAGAAAUUUUACACCGCAUGUGUUAAAAAUUCAAACCCAACUAAAGGUACUCAACUUUUCUCGAAAUGAUUUGGGACACAUAUUCCAGAACGAUAACAGAGGUGAGAUGUUGGGGAGCAACCUCAAGUUGGCUGUCUUAAGUUUACACGAUAAUAAAAUAACUACUUUACCUCGAAAUGUAUUUAUUAACAACUCAAUGAUAAAAAUUCUUAAUGUUUCACACAACAGACUGGACACAUGGAAUGUUGACCUUCGACAUAUGCACCAGCUCCAACUUCUUGAUCUGUCGUACAAUCUUAUAUCUGCGCUCAACGAAUCGACGAUCGACUUAUUACCAAAACACACGCAAUUUAAUAUCAGUUUCCUAGGAAACCCAUUGUCCUGUAUAUGCAAGAACCUAUUCUUUUUUAAUUGGAUACACAAUAACGAUCUGUCCAGAUUUAUUCGCCUCUCUGAAACAAAAUGUGUUUACAAUAACGGAUCCAGCUUACCACUUCGGAACCUGCCUGAAAUUCUAGAUAUAUUAAGGAAGGAUUGUUCCUCCUAUAGCGUAAUCAUUAUCUUGGCAUCUUCAUUCAUUUGCCUCGCCACAAGUUUCAUAGUUUAUCGAAUAAUUUAUCGGUACCGAUGGAAAAUAUUGUACAUAUACUACCUUAUCAAGCGGGUCAUAUUUCCUGAAAAUAAGAAAACUAUUCGGGAAAAAUUCUAUGAAUCUGAUGUGUUUAUAUCAUACGCUGACAAACAGAGAGGCUUUGUAGUAAACAUGGCGAAGGAACUGGAAAACAAAGGAUUCAAAGUUCGUAUCCACGAUCGUGAUUUUAUUCCAGGAGUUGAUAUAGCAGAGAAUAUUACGAUCGCCAUUCACAACAGCAGACGUAUCAUUCUGAUAAUGACGUCAGACUUCCUCAAGUCUCAGUGGUGCAUGUUCGAGUUGAAUAUGGCGCGCAUGGAAAGUCUUUACUCCCGUGAAGGGGUAAACUGUCUUCUUUUAAUAUUGCUCGAAAAAAGUGUUGUUAAAGAAAUGCCACGGUCUCUGUUAGAUAUUAUUGAGAGUAAAUCUUACUUAGAGUACCCGGAUGAUAAUGAUGAUAACGACAGCUUACAAAGUCUUAGUGUAUUUUGGAGAAAUUUGGAAGAUGCAGUAAGUGACACGGAACAUAAUCAAGAAAUUGUGAAUGAUGGCUAAUAAAUCGAAUGUUAUAACAAUGAAAUAUUAAAAUGAUAUUCUAUACUUUACCAUUCAUUUACACGUGUUCUCAUUAAAGGGACCUAGACACCAUUUGAGAACAAAUUUUAUUUAUUUAUUAUUUUUUUUAUGUUUAAAAUGAUUUACUUGUGCAUAUGGAAUGAUUGACCGAAACUUGAAUGUUAAGAGUCAAGUAACAAGUGAGAUACAGAGGUAAAAAUUCAUCGAUAUGUAAACAAAACUCGAGUCUUAUACUUGUCUACAAAUAGUGUAAUGUAAAGAAAUACAAUUUCUUUGAGACUCAUGGCAAACAAAAUGAACUUAUUUAACGUGUUCAUAAAUGAUAUUAUUAACAAAAAGGGCACAUUUGAUUGAAACCUGUACCAAUACAACACACAUGUAAACAAUAAAAAAAAUUCGAACUUUGUUUACAAAAAACAAGAAUUUUGUACAAUGUGUCUUGCUUGUGACUUGAUAUACUAGUAAUAUGAUUUUCAAAUUUUGAGAAAGCACUAAAAAUACCAAUUUUAACCAUUCUAGACAUUCAUAUUUUUAAAGUUUAGGCUCAAGUUGUGUCUUAGUCCUUUUAAAUGAAAAAGAAAACUUAACUUUUUGCCUUGGCGACAAUUGAUUGCAACAUUUGGAUAUUGAAAAGGUACCGGUAUACAUGUAUAUGUAUAAAACAGAACGGAAUUCGGCCGGCAUUGAUGUGCAUAAUGUCUAUAUGAAUGUGGUCCUGAAUAUAUUUAUUCUUUUGCAUCUCGAUUGACUAUUCAGUAAAUCUAUAAGGCUCAGUACCUUUGCAGAGAACACUAUUAAAUUCGAUGAAUAGAGGUUACCGUAAUAUCUCUGGAUUUGUCAAAUCAAUAGUCUUAAUACAUGUAACAUUGCUUUUCUUUAAAGGGGCAUGGUCACGGUUUUGGUCAAAUUCUAUUUUCCUGUUUUUAUUAUUUACAAUGCUUUAGGAAUGCAUUUCUAAUGAUAAAAUGAAAUUUAAGAGUCAGCUCUGUGUUCUGUUUUUGCUUACAUUAGUAAAAAAUCUUUUUCAAGGUGAUUUGUCUAGUACCCCCUAAUUCGUUUUAAGCAUAAAUAAACAGUUCCUAACGUUUAACACAUUCAUUUUUGGUCUAAGACUGGAGUUUUCACUUCAAAUUUCAAAAAGUUAACAAAAACGUUGUUUACAUAGCAAAGAAUAGUAAGCUUAUAACUCAACUACUGACACUAAAAAUUUAGCUGCACAUUAAAAAUGCCUUACUAAAGCAUUAUAAACAUUAGAAAUUGUACCAAAAUCGUGACCUUCAAC